GGGGCGGGGCUAUGGUUUGUGUUGCUAACUUGCUCCGGUUGUUAGGAAACAGCGAAUUGGAGAGCAGCUUAUACACAGGUGCUGCUUCCCGGUGCCCGGCUGCAGGAGCUUGUGGUCUCUGGCCGCCCGUUGUAUAAGGAAGCCCUGAGGUGGGCCUACUGCCAGAUCCCAGAGACACAUCACAUUCCAGGCUAUCCUGUGAGACUGCGGGCUGGGGGGUGUAACCCCUCCAGACACCGUGCUGUAUUCCUCACCACACAAACAUGGCGACAUCUGCCACAACCAAACCAGCAUGGAAACUGCAGGAAAUCGUGGCCCACGCCAGUAAUGUGUCUGCGGUGGCCCUUGGGAAGAGUUCCGGACGUCUCCUGGCCACAGGGGGGGACGACUGUCAUGUCAACCUGUGGUCUGUUAACAAACCCAACUGCAUUAUGAGCCUGACGGGACACAAUUCCCCGGUGGAGAGCGUGCGUUUCAGCACCUCGGAGAAGCUGGUGGUGGCCGGCUCUCAGUCGGGGUCUAUACGCGUCUGGAACAUGGAAGAAGCUAAAAUACAGAGGACUCUAGUGGGACACAAAGCCAAUGUCUGCAGCCUGGACUUCCACCCGUACGGAGAGUUUGUAGCAUCUGGUUCUCUGGACACAAACAUUAAGCUGUGGGACGUGCGCAGGAAAGGCUGCGUGUUUCGCUACAAGGGCCACACUCAGGCUGUGCGCUGCCUACGCUUCAGUCCAGAUGGCAAGUGGCUGGCAUCUUCUUCAGAUGAUCACACCGUAAAGCUCUGGGACCUGGUUGGUGGAAAAUUGAUGGCAGAGUUCACGGACCACAUUGGACCAGUCCAGAUUGUUGAGUUUCACCCCAAUGAGUAUCUGCUGGCGUCUUCAAGUGCGGACAGGACGGUGCGUUUCUGGGACCUGGAGAAGUUCCAUCCUGUGGGCUGUGUGGAGGGAGAAGCGACACCUUUCAGGUCCAUCCUAUUUAGUGGUGACGGGUGUUGCCUGUUCUGUGGGGGUCGUGAUGCUUUACGUGUCUAUGGCUGGGAACCAGAACGCUGCUUUGAUACAGUCCCUGUGGCGUGGGGACGAGUGUCAGACCUCUCCAUCUGCAACAGUCAGCUGAUCGGCGUCUCCACUGUCCAGUCCAAUGUCUCGUCUUUUGUGGUUGACUUAAGCCGUGUGAAAAUGACUGGAUCAGGGUCACCGGGACAUCUUCCAGAGGAUUCGCCAGCCAGCAAGCCCACCACAACGGCGUCCUCUGUGAGACGUAACUACGAGCGCCCACCAACCACCUGUAGCAAGCCAAAGAGGGUAAGUCCCACCAGCGAUGAGGAGGAGAAAGAGUCACGAGCUGAGAUUCAGAAUCCGGAGGAAUACAAGGAGCUUUUCCAGCCCAAGAGCGCUAUCUCCCGGACACCACCACGGAACAGUGAGCCUUUCCCAGCCCCCCUGGAGGAAGAAUCCGCUACCGUGAAGGAACCUGUUCCACCAACACCCGACGUGGUCACCCUCAUCCCAACCAGCAAUAAACAUACAGAACAGCUGCACAGACCCCCAGUGGCGGCUUCUACCCCCACCAUCUGCCAGGAAUCUCCUGCUGCCCCCGCCAUACCAAGCAGACCCCCUGUCAUAUCUGCUACACGCAAUGAGCCCAUUGGUCUUAAAGUGGCAGACUUCCUCCCGGUUGUGAAGGGCUCGUACCCCGUGGAGAUUUCUGAUGAUGAAGCCGUAAGUCAGAUCCGCAAAGGACAUGAUACCAUGUGCAUGGUGCUCACCAGCCGCACGCGGAACCUGGAUAUUGUAAGAGCCGUCUGGAGAACCGGGGACAUCAAGACCUCGAUGGACUCUGCGGUUGCUGUUAAUGACCUGUCUGUGGUUGUUGAUAUUUUAAAUAUUAUCAACCAAAAAUCGUCUCUGUGGAAACUGGAUCUCUGUCUCACUGUCCUGCCUCAGAUAGAUAAACUGCUGCAGAGCAAGUACGAGAGCUACGUGCAGACUGGGUGCAUCUCGCUGAAGCUGGUCCUGCAAAGGUUCCUGCCCCUGAUCACGGACACUCUGGCUGCUCCCCCCUCUGUGGGUGUGGAUAUCUCUCGGGAGGAAAGGCUGACAAAGUGUAAGCUCUGCUACAAGCAGCUGAGAAGUUUGUCCCCACUGGUGAAGAGCAGGGCGUCGCUUAGUGGUCGGUAUGGAAGUACCUAUCGGGAGCUGCUUCUGCUGAUGUCAGGCCUGGAGUAAUGGGACUAGCAAUGAUCCUGCAAGCUUGGAGCUGCCUCUGGUUCCCCUAGUGACUAGGGGGGGGUACCUGGAUGGAUGGAGUCUGGAAUAAUCCUAAUUUAUUGAUCACUGAAUAGUUCCAGCAUUACUGUACAGAGAGAUGGUGUGUACAGUCUGCGGGCAGAGAGAAGGGCGCGGUGUCGGCAGUCCCUGUGUCUCGGGAAGGAACUGCUCAGGCCAGGCUCUCGUCCACCCAAGUCUGGAGAUCAGUGAUGACUCUGGAUGUUCUCAAACUUUUUGCUACCUGUCUUUAUAGCACCAAUUAAAAGUGUCAUAUCUUGCA